AUGGCAUCAUUUCUGAUCAGAAGCCGUCACUCCAGCCAAAUGCUAUCGAUUAUCGCCAGCUCGACUCGAUGUUUCAUCUCUGAUUAUUCUCCUCUGCAUGGCAAUGCGGCAACUUCAGUGAUCUUAACGCGAUCUGUGGCCACCUUCGCACGAACGAAGCCUCAUGUGAAUGUCGGUACCAUAGGCCACGUUGAUCACGGGAAAACUACCCUUACUGCUGCUAUAACAAAGGUUCUGUCUGAAGAAGGGAAAGCUAAGGCUAUUGCAUUUGAUGAAAUUGACAAGGCUCCUGAAGAGAGGAAGAGGGGAAUAACUAUUGCUACUGCCCAUGUGGAGUAUGAAACAGAAAGGCGACAUUAUGCACAUGUCGAUUGCCCUGGACAUGCGGAUUAUGUCAAAAACAUGAUUACUGGAGCAGCACAAAUGGAUGGAGGUAUCUUGGUUGUAUCCGCUCCAGAUGGGCCAAUGCCUCAAACGAAGGAACAUAUUCUACUUGCUCGGCAGGUUGGUGUGCCUUCUCUGGUGUGCUUUCUCAAUAAGGUUGAUGCUGUUGAUGAUCCUGAGCUACUUGAGCUUGUUGAGCUGGAGCUUCGUGAUUUGUUAACAUUCUACAAAUUUCCUGGAGAUGAAAUUCCCAUUGUUCGUGGUUCGGCUCUGUCUGCUUUACAAGGAACAAAUGAAGACCUUGGGAGAAAGGCAAUUCUAAAACUGAUGGAAGCCGUGGACCAGUACAUAACUGACCCUGUUCGUCAGCUUGACAAGCCUUUCCUAAUGCCAAUCGAAGAUGUCUUUUCAAUUCAGGGACGUGGAACUGUUGUCACUGGGCGUAUUGAGCAGGGCACCGUCAAAGUUGGGGAGGAGGUUGAGAUUUUAGGACUGAAACAGACUACAGUUACUGGUGUUGAGAUGUUCAAGAAAAUCUUGGAUAAUGGACAGGCCGGUGACAAUGUAGGUCUCCUCCUGAGAGGUUUAAAACGUGACGAUGUACAGCGUGGACAGGUAGUCUCAAAACCUGGCACCUUGAAAACAUCUAAGCGCUUUGAAGCGGAGAUAUACGUCCUUACAAAAGAUGAAGGUGGUCGCCAUACGUCAUUUUUCUCAAAUUACAUGCCUCAGUUCUAUAUGAGGACAGCAGAUGUUACUGGGAAAGUAGAAUUGCCUGAAAACGUUAAGAUGGUAAUGCCCGGUGAUAAUGUGACCGCCACUUUUGAGUUGAUGUCACCAGUACCCCUUGAAAGAGGACAAAGAUUUGCUUUGAGAGAAGGAGGCAGAACUGUUGGCGCUGGGGUGGUUACGAAAGUAAUAAAAUAGAUGCUGGGCAUUGUCCCCGAUUAGAGCCAGUGUUUCUAUUGCUGCGAUAACAUGGAGCAUUUCCAGGUGCUUCUUUCAGGGAACUUUUUCAUGCGCUACUAGGACUGUACAAGUAAAUAUAUGUUCCUUUACUUUUUUCAGAAGAAGGCUUAAGAAGUUUAAUUUUUUUAAUGCAAAUUCAUUUCUUCCUUUCAGAAAUAGUUUGUCUGUCUAUGCUGAUAGGCAACAAAUAGCACCUGGGUUAAUUUCCUCUGUUUUCUGUACGAGAAUGUUGAAAUUUUCUUAUGU